AUGCUCACACUUGGACCUGGUUCUGUCUGUGAUGUGUGCGCAGAAGAGUACAGUCCACACCGUGUUCCUCAUUCUGUUCCGUGUGGUCACGUCCUCUGCUGGGGCUGCUGCCAUAAAAUUGUAGAAAAGACAUUGCCUCAUCUUCAAGCUGCCUGUCCUUUCUGUUCCGAUCAUUUCACUAGCGACGAUGUGCGAUUGAUCCGCAUCGGCUUUCCAGACAGUGGACGGGUCACUUCUCGGCGGCGAGGCGGCCUCUCCCCAUCACGAAGGGAAGGCCGAUUUCCCCUCAUCGAGCCGGAUGUCCCGCGUACACGCACAGAGACCCGUAGGCUGGAGGACAAAGUGGCCAGGGUGGCCGCUAGAAAAUGCUCGGUGGAAGAGGUUUCGACUCUACACAACGAGCUACAAGACUGGUUGACUCAUGACGAAAAAUCUCACGACCAGCUUUCUUCUUUAUCCUUGUGUGCUGCACUGCUCAGGGCAAUUUUGAUGAAUCACAUCGCUCAUUCGGAAGCUACGAAAAUAGCGAAGGGAGUCGAGGCUACCCUAAGAGAGAAGCUAGACAACAUGGAAUUGAAUAUCAGCAAGCUAGAAGCCGACCUAAGACAGUGCCAAACCUUUCAUACCCAAAAAGUGCAAGAAUGUCAGGUUCUUCGAGCAGAACUUAGCCGUUAUACUCUAAAGUCUACUUCCGCUCAGGCUGCAGCGUCACCUGCCCGAUCCAGUACCGCCGCUCCAACUGGAUUAAGCGAGCGGCGCCAAUCAGUUUCUUCAUCAGCGGCAUCCACGUACAACGUACCAGCUAUGCCAUCCAUGCUCUCGCGCUUCGCAGCUACUCAUUCUCGAAGUGCCUCCGCAUCUGUGUCAGGAGGGUCGAGACCAACGACCCCCGCACGCACGACGGCACCACCGAUUAGGUCCGAGACCACAACGCAACCGUCAACGCUACUGUCAUCUCACUUGCAUUCUACGUCACCCAUUCCCCCUUCAAGACCGCGAACAAUCUCUAUCUCCGCAACGUCACCCCAAAAAACAACUCGUUUGCGCUCCGAUGAAGGGGUGAGCGAGCGAGAACAAAUUCACGAACGUUGGUUGCCAUCGCCAAACGUGGCAUCAACCAGGCUGGCAGGCAAGCCUGUCAACGCUCCCGGCCGUACUCGCUAUCUAGACCAUGUCUAAUUCGUCAGUCUGCACCAAAGCAAAGAGUCAAGGAACCACAGUUGAUCAUCCUGUGAGGCCAUUUUUCAGAAGUCGGAUUCCGGGUAGAGAUCUGACACCCCAGAUCCACACGUUUGUGGCAUGAUUCAUAAGACACAUCUUCCACGGCCCUGCGUUGUGAAGAAGUCCUGAGGCUGAAUCAAAUGAUCUCUUUCUUUGAAGGCGCGGGUCCCGGGCGCAUUGAUCCGAUAUUGACUGAAGGUUCGGAGAAUCUGGAGGCAAAAAUGCGUAUCCGCACACUGAUUACCCGGAACGCUUGCGAUGCUUUGCAGUGCUUGGCGAAUCCAGGGUAUGCUGGACCGGUGACUUGUCCAUACCAAUGAAACUGGUCACAAGUCUAGUCUCGACUAGUUUCUCGAUAAAGCACCAACUGUGCACCCCGAUCAUCGCACUUAUCAC